AUGGCUAGUUUCGUUUGGAGGAUGGUUGCGUGUAUUUGACUUCUGUAUCCAUGCGGUCUUGGGUCUUAUUUUAAAAGAUCCUGCACAGUUUCUCUACUAUGUCUUUGAGCGUAGAAAACAAGAACUGGAAGCCAUCAGAUAAAGAAGAUGUUAACAUGAAAGAGAGUAAAACGACGAUUUCGCGUAUCCAGAGGCUAAAGAAACGCUUUAGCUGUAGCUUCGGCCGACUAUCAAUCUCUAAAGAGGAGAUUAUUCCGGAGUUUGAUCACGAAAAUGAGAACGUAGCAGUGACCAAGAUGACAUUAAAUGGCAUAGAUGGUGGCCGGAGAGAAGUACUGUGUCCGCCUUCGACCACCACCCUUACUACGCAGCUCUCGGACACAGUAGAUAACGGUUGCACUCGGGAGCUGAACGGUAACAUCCCCUUGGAAGAUGUGACCCUCGCUGGACAGGUUCCACCACCCCAGUCUCCUAGAACGAGUUCUAGCCAAAGUCACUUGGAUAGCUACCUAAAAAAACUCUCAGGUCACCAUUCCCCAGUAAAAAGGCAAUGGUCAGUGGGAGAGUGGCCUCUUCCACACGAGGAAUUAAAUAAAGCCAGCGAGGCAGAAGUACGUUUGAGGAAACCACCACGACCAAAAUCCGAGGUGAUUUACAAUGGUGACCGGGUCAGGUGUCAGCGUUACUCUGGAGUGGGGUUCGCGGGAGCGUUAUCCUUUGGCAAGACGGAAGCCUAUGUAAAGCUAGAACAACUGGGUGAAGGUUCAUAUGCUACAGUCUAUAAGGGAUACAGCAACUUAACAAAUAAGGUGGUGGCGCUCAAGGAGAUCCGACUUCAGACAGAAGAAGGAACACCUUUCACAGCGAUCAGAGAAGCAUCCCUACUUCGUGGUUUAAAACACGCGAAUAUUGUGACUCUUCAUGACAUCAUACAUACAAAGGAAACGCUGACCUUUGUCUUUGAAUUUGUGCACACAGACUUGAGCCAGUACCUUGAGAGACACCCAGGAGGGCUGAAUGGCAACAAUGUUCGGCUUUUCUUGUUCCAGCUGUUAAGAGGUUUGGUGUACUGCCACGAAAGAAGAGUAUUACACAGGGAUCUCAAGCCACAGAACCUGUUAAUAAGUGACCAAGGGGAACUAAAGCUUGCUGAUUUUGGUUUAGCCAGAGCAAAGUCAGUUCCAAGCAGAACUUAUUCUAAUGAGGUAGUAACCUUAUGGUAUCGACCACCAGAUGUCCUUCUAGGCUCUACAGACUAUACGACUUCUCUUGAUAUGUGGGGAGUAGGUUGUAUUUUUAUAGAAAUGGUUACCGGAGCUGCUGCUUUUCCUGGCGUAAAAGAUACAAAUGACCAACUAGACAAAAUUUGGAGGGUUAGCGGUACUCCCACUGAAGAAACAUGGGAAGGAUUUACUCGUUACUCGAAUUAUAAACAGGGAAAAUACGGAAACUAUAAGAAGCAACCACUUUCAAAAGCAUUUCCAAAACUUGUUAACAUUCCUCAUGCAGAAUCUAUUGCUUCACAGUUUCUUCAGUUACAACCACAUAAGAGAAUAUCUGCCACAGAGGCCUUAAAUCACGAGUUUUUCCAGGAACUUCCUCAGAAAAUUCAUGAGCUGCCUCCCC